CCAACCAACGAGCCGUCGUUCAUUCCUCAUUCCGCCGCCGCCUUCGCCUUCCGGCGCGCCACCGCGCCGCCAUGCUCCACCUCCGGUGCUGCAUCCUCGCCCGCCUCCGCUCAUCCCCCGACACCUCUCACGGCUCCUAUCUCCACCGCGCCAUCUCUGCUGCCGCCGCCGCCGCGCCCGUCAUCUCCCCAAACCCUAGCUUCGCGGUGGAGGAGUACCUCGUCGCCACCUGCGGCCUCACCCCAGCGCAGGCACUCAAGGCCUCCGCCAAGCUCUCCCACCUCAAAUCCCCCGCCAAGCCCGACGCCGUGCUCUCCUUCCUCGCUGGCCACGGCUUCUCCAGCUCUGACGUCGCCGCCGUCGUCACGGGAGACCCCAAGGUACUCUGCUCCAGCGUGGAGGGAUACCUUGGCCCCGUCGUCGCCCAGCUCACCGGCCUCGGCCUCUCGCGUUCUCAGAUCGCGCGCCUCAUCUCCUACUGCCAUGGCAAUUUACAUCUCACAUCCAUCGUCUCCAAGCUGCAGUACUACCUGCCCCUCUUCGGUUCCAUCGACAGCACCCUCCGAGCUCUCAAGCGCGGCUUAUACCUUAUCUCGUCUGACCUCGAGAGGGUGGUCAAGCCCAACGUGGCCGCCCUGCACGACUCGGGGCUGGGUGAUUGCGACAUUGCCAAGCUGUGCCUCACUAAUCCAUGGCUGCUCACCACCAAUGUAGAAUCCAUCCGGGCAAUAUUGUCAUGCGCUGAAAGUCUUGGUGUGCCCCGUGGAUCUCGGAUGUUCAUGUAUGCAGUGCAUGCUGUUGUGUUCCUCGGCGAGGAGAAGAUUGCUGCCAAACUGGGGUACUUGAAGAAGACCUUUAGGUGCCGAGGCCGGCAUUGCUGUGUCCAAGUAUCCAAUCUUGCUGAGGAGGUCUAAGGACUCUCUGCGGAGCAGGUCGGAGUUCCUCAUCUCUAAGGUGGGGCUGGAACCGGCAUACAUUGCUCAUCGUCCGAUAUUGCUCUCUUCCAGCCUGGAGGGCCGGCUCAGGCCCCGGUACUAUGUUGUAAAGUUUCUCAAGGAAAAUGGAUUGCUACAUCGCGGCCGGGACUACUAUUAUGCAGUCGCGGUGACUCCGAAGGUAUUCAUGGAGAAGUUCAUAUGCUCUCACAUGGAAGCUGCACCGCACCUUGCUGAAGACUAUGCGGAAGCUUGCAGAGGCGAAGUGCCGGCUAGAUUCAGAUUUGCAUGAACCAAGAAUUUUAUGGUAUUAAAGUUUGAAACUGCUUACUGCACCCCAGAGAUUUCGCUUGGGGAGUAAGCUGGUAGGCUUUUGUCUCAGUAUCCGUGCCUAACUAGAUGUUGGUUGUCUUUUUAGUAUGGCUAUGACAUGCUGGUUUGGUCGUUGCUACUUGCUAACACCUGAUUAAGCUAGUAAUUUAUUUCAUGAGACCUGGUAUGUCCAUGUCAUCAUUCAGCAGAGAAGAGAACAUCAAACUGCUAUCUUGGCCAUUCUCAUGUCUUAUUGACACACAUACUGGAACUAAGAGAGUGUGAGAUCACGUCAUUGUGCAGACGCAUUGAAUUAUCUAUGAGUAAUAUAUCUGCAUUUAUAUAUUUGGAAUACUGAUAUGAAAGGACCAGGAUGACCACAAUAUGUUGAUCGCUGCUGAGGAUGGCAUUUUGAUAUAGUUUGUUGGUUGCUUGCUCCAGUUCUUGUUAGCUAAAAAUUAAUCAUGUUUCUUUCUGCAGCAUCUUUGUUUGAAGAGUUAAAUUUUUGUUAAAGUAAUUGAUGGUUUACUAAUUUGCACCAGUAUUUUCCUUUAUUAUUCUCCUGUAUUUUUGAAUGGCGUACUGGCUGAUACUUUCUACCAGUAUUACAAUUUCUGCAUACAGCCUACCAGUACAGUCUUGGUUUUUGAGAAUUUGUAGCUAUAUGUUGAUUAUUACUGUUUAUUAGAGCGAAGGAGAACGACCUGGGUGACCUUUUUAUUUUAUUUUGCAUGUGAUGAAAAGCAGCAUUUGGAUGCCAUUGUACAGAUAAUGUGCCUCUGCCCCCAUUCAUUGUUUGAAGGUGCAAAUAAAUUUGCCCUCUCAUUUUUUCCGGUUUUAGCUUUUAAGAAUAGGAGAUAGAUAGUCUGUCUAUUCUUGUGCAAUAAAGCAAAGCUUGACUAUGCCAUAGAAAGUGUUGUUGUUAUACUGUCUGUACUUGAUCCACAAAACUCACAAAAGAGCUCAUUGCCUCCUUGAGUUAACAGUUUGUAUUCAGCAAGUUCGUGUUCUGUUUAUGAAGCAGGUGACUUGUGAUGACUAUAUUGGAUGUUGUUCAAUUGCUUUUCAACCACGCCCAUCAUCUUUUUGUUCAGCAGGUUGAGGAUAUUGUCCGUGCAAUGAUAUAGGCUUGCUUUGCAGGAACCCAUGUCAGGGAGGUGACUGAUAGGUGAUAGCACAAUCUGAUCCUCUCAAGAACCGUACUUCAUUCAGCUGCAAGACAAAGCAGAUUGCUUCAUCUUCGUGGAGCUAUAAUUAGGUCCACAGAACAAGUUUUACUAUGAUGAAAAGCUGAAGUGGUGGGUAUAGGAAGAAGUAACAGCAGCUCAUUCACAUCAAGAUCACAUGCUGUAUCCUGGAGUGGGACAUACUGCACAGCUAAUUUAGUUCCGUCCGUGUGGGAUGCGAGAUCACCUGACGAACCAACAUCAACUUGUCUGUGCAGUUCAGGGGAAUGCUUGAUGGUCAUGUCACGACCUGACCCGCACAGCUUUGGAAAAAACCACGGCUCUUUUGGCCAGUUCAAACUGAUUCAGGGGCAACCUCAAACCUCAAGUCUCAAUGGAACUCCCUGAAACCGCACUAGAACGGAGGUGUGCUACAUUACUACAUUUAUAUGCUGCAUAUUAAUUAUUUAAUUAUGUUCAUUAGAGCUCAUGCAGGAGAAAGGACCUGCUGGCAGUCAUCCCAUCCCAUCUUGAAGAUUGCUUAUCGAGACUUGCACUGGUCUCAGCAAGGGCGACGAGUCGUUCCGAGGUUGAGACUUAUAGACUGAGCGUGACUAAUCGACACUAGUUGACACUGAAAUUUCGACUCAUAGACUAGUCGAGUGUAGUCUGCCCUGGAGUUGACACUCAUAGACUAGUCUUGACUGGUCCUUGGACUCAUAAUCCAUGGGGUCUCAUCUGUCAGUUGUAGCAACGGCCAAGAAAGAAAAAUGGAAUUUCUCACUUCAGAAAUCGGUUGGACCUGGGGUGCCAUGGAAUACUACUAGUACUAGUAUAGCCGGCGCUGCCGCCGCGCCCAUUGUUACAUUGUAUUUAUACGGAUCGUAAAGGGCAUUGUUAUAUUUGUAACGAUAGAAUUGUCCAUGGCUAGAACCCAAAAAGAAUAUAUACUAUGAAUCCAGUAAAAGAAGAUGGAAAAUGGGACAUUUAUAUUGCAGCUAUGCAU